UUGGAGAUAAUAUUUUCAUAUAAUUCAUUUAAAGCCCAAUGAUAUCAAUCUUGUCAAAAACUAAGCCAGAUAAACCAAAAAUCACGACUUUUGACUGGAACAGACUUCUUGAAUCGAUCCGUUCAGAAUGUUCAGGCUACGACCAGUCCCUAAUGUUUCUCAUGGGUCUAAACUAUGAAAAAUUCCAUACCCAAUACAAAGCUGGUGAACUACUAGAAAUCACCUCAAAAAUUCAGAAGAAGAUCUCUUCUUCAGGAGUUUCCUCCCCUCAAGCACGUAGGAUUUUCCGGAAUCUCUACACCCAGACCACUCCUCGUGAAGUCCUUGACCUUUCAUAUUUCUUGGAGCCAAAGAAGAAGCAUAUUUCAAAGCCAGUCACUGCGACCAGGCCCACUUUGCGAAAUAACCCAAGCUACACCAGGAUCAGUCAGAAAUCAAACAAGGGAGGCUACAAGCCUCUCUACUCCAUGAAGGCUAGGGAGGAGAAGCUCAAGACCUACUACAGAGGCAUAAAGACCUCCAAGGCCGCUGGGCCUCGCAAGCUUAGAGCCAGCAAGGAGUCAAAGACUCCUCAGAAGUCCAAGGUUACUACCCUCGGUUCAAAAUCAAGUUUCCAAAGUAAACCUAGCCAAGAGGUUAGGAUCCUGUCAGAAACUAAAGUUCUCAGCAAGCACAACUGCAUCACUGAAGAGAAGUCUGAAAAUGAAGAAGCCAAGACAGGUCCAAGCAGUCGGUACCAGGAAGAAGAAAAGAUUGAUACUACUUCUAGGAAAAUUCAGCCUCUCGAUCUUUUAGAUCCUUUCAAAGACGAUAAGGACGUUCAAAGUGAAGAAGCAAAAAUUCCCAUAUCUUCAGAAUCUAAUUUCAGAGAUUGUCCGAUUUGCUUCAGCAAAAUUGAAAUGAAGAACCUCGCCUUCAUCGAGUGUGGCCACAUGUACCACAUUGAGUGUCUCCAGAUGUAUAUCAAGACUCAGGUUGAUGUGAAGUCGUUCCCAAUUAAGUGUCCGCUCAAAGAAUGUCAUGCUCGGAUCCCAGACUUUGAUGUUAAAGAAAUUUGUGAGAAAGAUCUGUACCAAAAAUAUGAAAGGUUCCAGUUCGAGAGCUUUAUUGAUAGCAAUUCUCAGUUCUAUCACCAUUGUCCGACUCCAGAUUGUUCUUACAUCUUCGAGUGGGAUGCUAAUAAAGAUCCAAGCAAGCUGUCUUGUCCUUCCUGCUCCAAAGUGCACUGUCUGAAAUGCAAAGUACCUUGGCAUGAAGGUUGGACUUGUGAGAAAUAUUCUAAAAUCAAAGAGGCAAGUCCUGAUGACCAGAUGUUCUACAAGUUAGCCAACGAGACGAAGUUCCAGCAAUGCAGUCAGUGCAAGUUCUGGGUCCAGAAGAAGGAAGGAUGUGACCAUAUCACUUGUCGGUGUGGAUAUGAAUUUUGCUAUAUCUGUGGAGGGAAGCAUCAAGAAUGUGAUUGCGGAGAAUAA